CGAUUGGAUGACAGCAUUGAAAGCAUUGUUUGCCAUUCAAUACAAACAAACACAUGAUUUUCAAAAUGUUUUGCCCUUUAAUUUAAUUUAAUUAAAAACACUUUAUAAUCAAAUCAAUUGAUACGACGUUUACCAUGAACUCAGACAAUGUGUUCAGGAAAUUGAUCUCUGGAUCCAGAUUUGAUUACAAGAAGUUCGCCAAAGAUGUCAACAGAUUUUCGACAAACAGCCAAAAUGGACACAAGACUAGUGCGGACACGAGUGAUGUGCCGAUGGCUGCAGAAGAGGUGACACUCGAAGACCAGCCGAAGAGAGCGAAGAAAACUUCAGUGAAAAGUCGUAAACAAAUGAUUGAAUUGAAUAACGAAAGGAUCAAUCAUUUGAGGAAUAAAUACAGGAUUCAUGUGAACGGAAGUGAUGUCAACGAACCCAUUGUCUCCUUCGACGGUCUCGAUGUGGACCGCAAUAUACUGGACAACAUCGAAAAGUCUGGUUUCUCGACCCCCACACCAAUUCAGAUGCAAUCCAUUCCUCUAAUGUUAGCCAAACGUGAGGUCUUGUGUUGCGCUCCGACCGGUUCCGGGAAGACGUUGUCAUUUCUCAUACCUAUUGUCCAUCAGUUAAGACAACCGCAAAGAGUGGGCUUUAGAGCUGUUAUAUUAGCGCCGACUCGUGAGUUAGCCAAACAGAUCCAUAGGGAGUGUCUUUGGAUGUCAAACGGGACCGGACUUAGGGUUCAUAUCAUCAAAAACGUGAAUUUAGCCCAAAAGAAGUUUGGCCCCAACUCUGCGCUCAUGUAUGACAUUCUGGUGACAACACCCAAUCGACUCGUUUGGCUACUCAAUCAAAAGCCUGUUGCCAUCAACAUUGAGAAUGUUGAAUGGCUUGUGAUCGAUGAGUGCGAUAAACUGUUUGAAGAUGGCUUUCGGGAUCAGUUGUCUGUCAUAUUCCAAAGUUGUGGCAAAUCUGCGAAAGUAAAUCACGCAAUGUUUAGCGCCACUCACGACAUACAGCUGGAGAAGUGGGCCAAACUGAACCUGGACAAUUUGGUGUCUGUAGUGAUUGGCGGCAAAAACAAUGCCUCGCAAGAGGUCGACCAGAAACUCACUUUCGUUGGCAAUGAAUCUGGAAAACUGAUGGCAUUGCGUGAUGUGAUCGCACAGGGAUGCGAAGCACCGGUGCUAAUAUUUGUGGAGAAGAUUCAAAAAGCGAAACAAUUGUUUAAGGAAUUGGUUUACGAAGGCAUUAAUAUAGAUAUAAUUCACGCCAAACGCACCCAACAGGACAGGGAUAAUGUGGUCCGCAGUUUCCGUGAGGGAAACAUUUGGUUUCUUAUCUGCACUGAACUUAUGGGCCGCGGGAUUGACUUUAAAGGCGUUAAUUUGGUCAUCAAUUAUGACUUCCCCUCCUCUGCCAUCACUUAUAUCCAUCGAAUUGGGCGCACCGGAAGAGCGGGUCGUAAGGGGAAAGCGAUUACUUUUUUCACUGAAAAAGAUAGCGAUAAACUGCGAUCCAUUGCUAAUGUGAUGCGACGGUCUGGUUGUGAUGUCCCGCAGUUUAUGCUCCAACUCAACAAAAGGAAAAGGAAAUAUUUUAAUAAUAGGAAUAGAAAUAAUAAAAAAGAUGUUUCCAAAAACCCUAAAAGACUUAAAACCGACGAAAGCGAUGAAAUCGAUAGCGAAGGCAGUGAUUAAAUCGUUGAGAAUAUCUUUUUUAAUUAACUCAAUAAAUCAAUUAUUUG